AUGGAUGGCUGGAUAUCAUUUCGUCGCCUGCCGCCCCACAGGCUCAAGAUCAAGCAGGGUGGGUGAGUGAGCCAGUGAGCCUAGCCUUACCUACCCACCAAAUUGCGUGGCGUGAGGCCCAGGCCUUUGUAUGCUGUCUGUGCGCAAUGAGUGGAAUGUUGGUGUGGUGUGGCAGCCUCUAAAGUGAUCCUAUUGGCCCGUGGUGCUCUUGGUGAGGGCGUCGAGGAGCUGUACGACCUCGAUGUCAUCUUCAGCUACAACGCUAUCACUAACGCGUAAGUGACUAGUGACACAGACAGAAGGGGGGUGGGGUCUGUCUGUCUGUCGCACAAUCACACACAGCCGGACGCAAGAGGAAGCGUGGGUGGGUGUUUAUGUAUGUAAGUCGGGUGGCUGCGUAUGGUAUGGUGUGCCGUCCGUGCACUGCCUGCAGGAUGGAGAUGGAUCGGUGGAAGAAGCUCAUCUUGGUGGACAUAGUGAAUGCAGCGACCAUCAACUUCUUCACCCCUAACAAGACCAGCUUCUUUUCCAACGACAGUCUCAGUUGGGUCCAGAGCAUCCCGUACGCCAGUGGCCAGGUGGUGCUCGAGACCGUCUUCGACAACAUACUCGCCAAGGUGUCAUACGAACCGUCACUGCUCUGCCUGCUCGAGCAGCUUGUCGGACUCGCUACACCCACCGGCAAGCGAAUCAAAACCGUAAGUGAGUGGGCUGACUGGACUGGCUGCCAAGACAGACACGUGAAUAGAUUUGGUAAUUCAUCCCGACAUGUUUGCUUUGAAGGAGGUCGCGACGCACUCUGAUGACUUGGCCGUCAAGGGUCAGCUGUCCAUUGCUCUGGGUGUUGCUCUGAGUCCGACCAGGGCCAACGAGGGCGCUGGCGCCAGCACUGUGUCCACCAUGAGGGUAGAGGACAAGGAGGCCUACUUGGACGACAUCGAGAGGGAGCUGGCGAGCAUCGGUCUGUACAGCUGCCACAUGUACCUCAGGCCCAUCACUAACCUCAUGCACACCGCAGAGUCCAAGAGAAGACGGGUGCGUUAGUGGGGCGGUCGGUGGGGGCUGACACGACCUGGUCCAUACGCCCACAUGCUAUGCUGACUGACAUGCCUGCCAUGCGUGUGGGUGUCUGUCUGUCUACUGGCAUAUGCUUACUUUAGGGUCGUCCGUCGGUCCGUUUGGUGUCGUAUGGUGAGGUGUUUGAUGACCUAAUCGACAAGGGAAUGCUCAGCGUCGGGCUCUACAGGCUGUCCAAAUUCAAGUCAGUCAGCGAGAGACAUACCGAUCGACCAUCAGAGUGGCGUCUCAGAGUGCUGGUGUGUCGACAGGGACCAUCCAUCUUUGCCCGACAAACAUCCGUACGUGUUGACCAAUCCGUCCCGGGAUCUGCUGGUCGACCCGUCUACAGAUUUUGUUUACAUCCUGGCGCAGCAGCAGGAAGGCAGCCUCGGUGGACAACCCGACACGGCCACGUACGUAUUGCAAAUACAAAUGUAUAUUAUAUGGUGAUUGACCAGCAGGCCGGCCAGGCGACCAGCUGGCUCAGCUCAUGUGUGUGUCUUGUCUUGUGUGCAUGUAUGGCUGCAGGCACAAGAGCAAGGCAGCCCCGAGAAAGAGUACUGUGCCCGAGAAGCUGCUGAGUUCCUUCGUACAGAGUGUGGCGGCCAGCCCCACCCAGUCCGUCACCACCUACCGCACCAAAACCCUCGAGAGCAUGGCGUCGAUGCACGAUAUGGGGAGGCAGUCGCUGGCGCACCCCCCUCGACCAUCAGUGUUGCCGGUGCGUGAGGAGCGGGUGCUGUCGGAUGAGUCCAUCCCCUCACCCUCACCACAGGCCGCCGGCUACUUCAAUCCUAUGGCUCUCUUCAAGGACAGAGCGGCAGCUACUCUGACGCCACCAGGUGCGGACCGGGUGGGUGGGUGGGUGGGUGACAGCCAGCCAGCCAGGCAGAUCCAAACCUUCGAUUUGUCGGUCACUGUGUAUGGUAUGGGUGGAUCAAUCUUCCUUGACAGAGCCUAUGCGUACGUCCUGGCGUAGUGACGAGAGCCCCAUGUCUCCGCAGGGUGGCGUGUUUGCCCCUGACCAACUGUCUCACUACUUCCAGGCCGUCGACGAGUCGCCCAUGUCCCCCGAGCCGACAGGAAGGCUGGCCAACAUGGCAGCCGUUGCGAGGGCGGCAAGGGCCAGCCAGUUGACGGCAGCGAGGGCCAGCCAGCUGACUGUGCCACACAUGCACCCGCGGCUGGCUAGCAUCCAGCCUCUCUUCGACACAUUUGAGAUUGCCGGUCUGGCUGAUGCAUCGAUACUCUCACCCUCACUCGGGGAGCCGAGGAGGCUCUUGGCGCCGCCAACACAACACCAACCGUAAGAAACAAACAAGAAGAGAACCAAGUUUGAUUGACACUGUCACAGUUCACCCUGACACACAUGCACGGAAUUUCUCAUGUCGUGCAUGUCUGCAUGUGCGUGUUCCCCCCCCGCAGGUCGUUGGAUAUGGGCGACGUCAUCUCAUCUCCACUUUCGAGAGUGGAGGAGGGACGACUCGUCAACGAGAUACAAAGCGUGCCGAGUGAGCGAGACACGGCUGCACGAUAAGUGGAUGGACGGAUGGAUGGAUGGAGGGAUGGAGGGAUGUCAGCAAUCCACAGAUGCGUGGGGUGUGCGUUGGUUGGGUGCAGGUGUGGCCCCUCGUGCAGUGUCGCAACGGCUAAGAGAAGAGUUGAGGAGCUUGGCGCUACGAUAGCGUGG